GGAUCCAUGUCGCGUCGUAAUUUUACAGACAAAGGCAAAGAAAGGUUUCUAUCUCGAAAGGAUUACUCGGAAUUUGGUCUUUUGAAUGAAUCCUUUCGCACGACCAACAACGAAGAUGCUGCGGAUUGGUGGAACGAUGUUCGACUGUUCUUUGUUAACGUUUACCAGAUGGGUCGCUCCGAUCCCAGACAUUUCAUCUUUGCUGCUAAAUCCGGAUUGGCAUUUGCUAUCGUUUGUGUUCUUAUAUUCUUCAAAGAACCCUUUAAUUAUGUCACUCAGUAUUCCAUCUGGGCAGUCAUAACCGUCAUCCUCGUCUUCGAAUUCAGCAUAGGAGCAACACUUAACAAAGGAUUUAACGUUGCUUUGGGUAUGUUAUCUGCUGGCGUGCUUGCGUUAGCUAUCGCUCAACUAUCCAUGUGGGCUGGGGAGUUGCGAAAGAUUGUAAUUGUGAUCAGCAUCUUUAUAGAAGGCUCGAUAUCAAGCCAUAUCAAACUCUAUCCGUCAAUGAAGCCAUACGAAUACGGGUUCAGAAUCUUUACGUUAACAUUCUGCGUAGUACUCGUGUCAGGGACUUCACAUAUUGACCAAACAGUUCUUUCCCGUUCGUUGUUAGUUGUCCUUGGGACAGGUGUGUGUUUGGUUGUUAGUAUAUGCGUUUUUCCAGUUUGGGCUGGUGAAGAUCUGCAUAAAUUGGUGGUGAAGAACUUCAGGGGGGUUGCUACUUCCUUAGAAGGAUGUGUUAGCAAGUACCUUCAACAUUUCGGAUACGAAAGAAUACCUUCAAAAAUCUUGGUAUAUCAGGCCUCGGAUGACCCUUUGUAUAGUGGAUAUAGAUCGGCAGUACAGUCAUCAAGUGAAGAAGAGACUCUGCUGGGGUUUGCUGUUUGGGAACCACCUCAUGGACGUUACAAAAUGUUGAGGUAUCCAUGGAGUUCUUAUGUGAAAGUUAGUGGUGCGCUUAGGCAUUGUGCGUUCAUGGUGAUGGGAAUGCAUAGUUGUAUACUUGCAGAAAUACAAGCCUCUGUUGAAUUAAGAAACCUGUUCCAAAACGAGAUCCUGAAAGUAGGCACAGAAGGCGCAAAAGUCCUACGUGAGCUAGGAAGCAAAGUGGAAAGAAUGGAAAAACUAAGCCCCGAUAUCGACCUGCUCAUGAAAGUUCACGAGGCUGCGGAGGAAUUACAAUUGACGAUCGACCAAAACUCUUACCAUCUCAUCAACUCCGACAAACGGGAACACGGAAGGCAACCAAAAGGGUUUGAAGAUCCCGAUAUUGUUCAAGAACUAAAAGAAGACGAAAUCAAACCAAAACUACUUGUCAAAUUCCGCAGUGAAACAAACCUAAACCUACACCUAAACCGAAAAUCGCCUCUUCCAACCAAAUCCCUAGACCGUAAGACUCCAUAUAUGUCCCGUCAGCCAUCCAUGCUGCAUUGGGGAUCGUCAGUAGAUGUGGUAAAGAAGCAGUCCCGUCGUCCUGCCAUUGUUCAUUGGGAAACGUCGGUAGAUGUGCUAAAAAAGCAGACUAAUCAUCCUUCUUCCAUGUUGGAUUGGGAAUCGUCGGUAGAUGCGCUAAAGAAGCAGACGCAGUGGCCUUCAAGGUUAUCGAUACAUGGUGACACGAUUCUUAAUGUGCGUGAAGUGAAGACUCACGAAAGUGCGAAAGCCUUGUCUCUUGCAAAUUUUACUACUUUGUUGGUUGAGUUUGUCGCAAGACUUCAGAAUCUUGUGAACGCGUUUGAAGAGCUUAGCGAGAUAGCAAAGUUUUCUGAACCUGUUAACCAUCUUGAAGCGAAGGAGACGGUGGGUUUCUGGACGGGAGUACUCAAGUGCAUCGGGAUCAAGGAUUGAAGUCAUGAAGAACAUAGUAGCUUUGAAGUAAGAGCAUGUUUGACUCAAAACUUUUUUCAUAUAAUGUUAAUUUUAAGCACCAAUUAAAUAUUUUCUUCAAUAUAUUAACCACCAAAUUAAA